GCAAUGAACACAAUAUAACACCAAGAAACAGCACCAAUCAAAGGGUUCAACUCAAAAAUGGCAGUAGCAGCACAGUGCCUCUCAUCUUCUUGCUGGACCAUUUCCUCAAAGAUUCAAUCUUUAUCACUCAACACCACCAAAACUCACCCCAAUUCUUGUGCUUCAUUUAGGCCUCUUGGGUUUUCAUCCAACACUUCUUUCAAUGCUUUCUCCACAGGUUUUGUGUCUAUAAGGCCUGUUAAGAGGCAAACUGGGCAGCUGAUUGUGUGUGAAGCUGCUGGGCCUACCAAGAAGGCUGAUUCAGCUGCUAAGAGAGCGAGGCAGUCUGAGAAGAGGAGGAUUUAUCAUAAAGCCCACAAGUCAGAAGUUCGAACCCGAAUGAAGAAGGUUCUGGAAUCUCUUGAGGUGCUCAGAAAGAAAACUGAUGCACAAGCGGAGGAAGUUAUCACCAUUGAGAAGUUGAUUGCAGAAGCUUAUUCAGUGAUCGAUAAAGCAGUGAAAGUUGGUACCUUGCACAGGAACACUGGAGCAAGAAGGAAGUCUAGGCUUGCGAGAAGAAAGAAAGCUGUUGAAAUACACCAUGGUUGGUAUACACCAUCUCCAGAGCUUACUGCCUAAAUGAACUUGAUUUUAAAUAUGUCUUUUUGUAAUUGUUUUAGAGAUGUUUCCAGCAUAUUACUCCCGAAUUUCCUUACCCAGCUAGUGUGGUCCUAAUCUAUUUAAUUAUUGGUGGCUUAUUAUCAACAAUGUCCUUGUAAAGCCGGUUAUUUCCAUGAAAUGACUGUUAAAUUCAGUUGUGAGAAACAUAAUUUUUGUUAUGGCAUAUUCUUCUUCUC